AUGGAGAGCCUCAGGCAGCGGCGGCGGCGGCGCGCGGGGCAGAGUUGCGCGCGGAGCCUGGGCGCGCUGCUGCUGGGCGCGCUUUGCGCCUGCUCGGCCGGCGCCUUCGAGCUCACCAUCCUGCACACCAACGACGUCCACGCCCGCGUGGAACAGACCAGCCGCGACUCGGGCAAAUGCGACGGGCAGGACUGCUACGGAGGCGUCGCGCGACGCGCCACCGAGAUCCGCCGGGUGCGCGCCGCGCAGCGCAACGUGCUGCUCCUCGACGCCGGCGACCAGUACCAGGGCACCGUGUGGUUCAGCUUCUUCAAAGGGCAGGAGGUGGUGCGCUUCAUGAACCUCCUCGGCUAUGACGCAAUGGUAAGCGGGGGGGGGCGGCGAGAGAGGGGGGCAAACCCGUCAGGUGGGGCGCGAGGGUCUGGCACGCUCCCCCCCUCCCAAAAAAACUUUCUGUGGCGCCAUUGGAUCCUCCCAACUGGAUGUGCUCCAGUAUGGAGGGAGGCCAUAAGAAAGAUCUGAGCAGGCAUGAGAAGAGGCCGGUUUUCUUUCUUUCCCUUCAUAGCUGAAGGGACUCGGGCUCUCCUCAGGUGGUUUAUUGGCAGGCCACAGGUUCAGGGCUGAGGUAAUGACGCUCUUCUAUUUAGGGUAGCAAAAAGCAAGAGUCUGAACCAUUUUUUCAAGGUUCCAGGGGUUGGAUACUAACCAACAACAACAGUGAUCUCCCUUCAGCUUUUCCACUUUCCGCCUUGAUUCUAUUUGGUCAGCUUUACUUUGAGGCAACUUUUCCAAACACUGAGCGCUUCAAAUCCUGUAAACACUACUUGCACCAUGUAAAUGAUAAUAAAAUUAAGCUGUGGACCAUAAGAGAUCAGCUGGACACCUUGAAGGGAGGAAUCCUUUCUUCUUAAGUAGUGGAGAAGGCCAGCAGCCAGCCACAACCAGAAGAUGUCAGACUCACCACUGAGAAGCUCCUCUAGAAGAGGUUGGGAUUUUGGAGGAGAUGCUCCAGAGAAGCACAACCUGGUGCCUAUUCUCUUACCUCCAUGUAAGAAAAAAAUGGAGCACUCCCAUCAUUUAGCCUAAUCUCUGGGUGCAGAGGAGCUGCAGGCCUGCUGUUGGAAAGAAAGUGCUGGAGUAGUUGCACCUUUGAUCAGAUCCAGCUACUGCUGUCGGUUACAUGGAACUGCCUCUGAAGACUUGGAUGUGUUAAUAACAAGCCCAGAAUACAUAUGUGAAGCUGUUAAUUUGUAUAUCCAAAAAUGAACCUAUCUCGGCACUACUUAGCAAACUCCACUGGCUUCCAGACUACUGCUGAGCAGAAAUAAAAGUGAUAGUGCCAUCAGAUCAGGACUUUGGGGCAGACAUCAAGGGUCCCCCACUCAGAAGAAUGAGCAGGAGGGCCUUCAAAUGCAGCAGGGGUGGCUUACCACACACUGAAGUAAGUUAAGUAAUACACAUUCCCAUCUAAACAGCAGGAGCCCCUGAAAUGCCGUUUUAGACUUUGGACAUUAUGUUCAAAGUCUAAAAUACCUAGCUGCAGCGCUGAUUCCAAGUGCUGCAGAUUUUUAACCUUUAAAGUUGUAAGUCUGGAACCAUGGCAUUUGGAAUACCAUCUACUAUACUGCUAUAUGCCCUGCUCUAAUAUUAAGAGCAAGACCAAAGAUGGACGUAGAAAACAUAAUCCCACAUGGGAAGACUGUUGGGAUGAUGAAGAAAUAAAUAGUGAACCAACACCUAAUACUAUCCCAAAAUCCAGUGCUGUUAACAACUGUACUGCCUGCUUCUUCCAUAACUUGCAAGCUUUGUCCAGUGUAAUUGUCAUGGUAUCCUAUCUUAACGUGAUUAUAUUAAAUGAUUGUUGCCCCUUGUAUCCUCGGGAUAUAUACUUCCAGGAAACACUUCUGCCGGUUGUGCAUAGGAAAAGCAUUUGCCGUUAUUCUGGCCUCUAGAAAAACACACACUCUUAAAUGUGACACUGAAUCUAGAAAGGUGGCUAUUUUGCUUUGUGACAACAGCCUACUCACAUCUGUUCCACUUAUCAAACCUCUGCAGGCAGUGUGGCAACAAGGAGUUAAGCACUUGGCACUAAACUUAAGUGAAUGGGAAUAUAAGAAAGAAAAGAAAGAAAAUGUGAGAGAGAAGGCUGGGAUGGAUACUGGACUCAUCUCUUCUCAUUCUGUGGUGUGAAUUGCAGUGCAUCCUUUCAUUCCGAUCAAUAUGAAAAUCUCUUGGAAGAGAAGGUCUUUUAAUCUGUUUUUGUGAGAUGAGAGAACAACAGGAGACGUAGAUAUAUAACUUGCAGUGUCUGGGCAAGGGAACAUCUUGUCCUCCUUUUAUCCAAGCGUUGGCUGGCAUGCCACAGCAGAGCCAUCGGAUUUGAGAUUAUUAUGCCAUACCUCGUUCCCUCUCCUAAGCAGCACAGGGUUAGGGUGGAGAUUUGGGGGGCCAAGUUAAAGCCAGUCCCAUCUUUGCUUGGCACUACUGUUUUUGGUUUCUGGAUAAAUGACAAAAAAACUAUUGCAUAAAGAUACAUGGGGUGUGGUUUUGGAUCCCCAAAUUUUCUUUGGUGAAAUCUGUUUAAGCAUAGUGGGAACUAUUUUGAAAUAAUCUGUAAAAAGAAAUGAAAUGUACAAGAUUGAAAGAGUCCUGCUGUCAAUUAUAUGUGCAAAGUAAAAGCAGAUGUUUGUUUCAGUCUCAAAGCAUACAGAAAAUUCUGGAAUGUGCCCAAGCCAGAUUCUAAAUACUUCAUUGCUGAAAAUUUCACUAUUUGCUUAGAUGCUACUUUUAUAAUAUACAGAUUUUAUCUGCUUUUAUUGGGAACACAUAACGUUGGGUGAUCAAAUACAUCUGGACAAAUACGUCAAAUCAGGCUUGUAAUCAGUGCUGAGUUGUUUUGCUCAAGCUUUCAUUCUAUUUUAAGCAUGUGAAGUAUCAUAUAUUUUAAAUCCAUUCUAGGUCUUGUUCUUGGCAUUUUAAGUAGCUUCAAGUUGUUUGUUUCCACAUCCAAAUCACAGUGUGGGCAGCUCUGUUUGGUCUGCACUGCACUUGUUGUGGACAAAAGAAGGUAAACAUGACUUCAGCACGCUGCAACAUAGUACAAUGCGUUAUCUGGUGCCUUCCAUGCAGACCACAAUAGAUGAAUGUGCCUACUGUAAACAGACACAAACAUCUCUGAAAGUAUUAUUGAGCCAUAUUGUGGUUAGGUGUGUAAAUAUGUUUAUCUGCCUACCAUGUCAGUCCAACUUAAUACAGUGGUGCCUCGCAAGACGAAAUUAAUCCGUUCCGCGAGUGUCUUCGUCUAGCGGUUUUUUCGUCUUGCGAAGCAACCCUAUUAGCGGCUUAACGGAUUAGCGCUAUUAGCGGUUUAGCGGCUAUUAAAGGCUUAUCGGCUUAGCAGAUUAGCUGCUAAAAGGCUAUUAAAGGCUUAGCGGCUUAGAUAAAGGGGGGGGGAGCGGAAAAAAAAUCUCAAGACUCGCAAGACAUUUUCGUCUUGCGAAGCAAGCCCAUAGGGAAAUUCGUCCUGCAAAGCAACUCAAAAACGGAAAACCCUUUCGUCUAGCGGGUUUUCCGUCUUGCGAGGCAUUCAUCUUGCGGGGCACCACUGUAACACUACAUGUAGAAUACAGUAUCAUGUUUAUAACAUUGUAUCCUGCCCUAAGCACAGAAGGGACAGGGAUGCAAGACCAGGCAUUGCCUGAACGGUAUGUUUCAUAUUUCAAGAAUCCUUGUCAUUGCCUAAAAGGGUGGAAAUCAGAGAAACGAUUUGCCCUGGAAAGUGUAGAAGGAAGCUGCUUGGAAAUAUUGGCUCUUCAGAGUAGCUUGUUACACUUACACCACAAAGCACUCAUAACCCACCUACUUUCAGCAGCCAGAAACACCAUAACCAGACACUGGAGAGACCUGUCAGGAGUAAGCAUGGACCAAUGGUACCAAAUAGUAUGGGAAACAGCCCUACUAGAAAAAUUAACCAAUAAACUGAAACUGAUACUGGGACAAACAGAAGAAGACGCCUUUACCCCGGUAUGGCUCCCCUUUAUCACAUACAUAGCCCAACAAGACAAUGACAAUAAUCCACCAACAGCACACAAAUCAAUAUGGCUAACCUGAUCCAAAACACUCACCCACGAAAACAAAGAUCACCACAGCCAAUCACAAACGAACAACCACACCCUAGGCCAACCCCAACCUCUCUCACCACCGAAGGAACACAAGUGAACAGCAGAGAACCUACACGAGCAACGCUGACACCAAACCCUACAUACAUUAAGCAAAAUAGAAACAUUGUCACCCAUCCCCACCCCCCCCAUUUUCCCCCUCCCCCCUCCCCAAUGUCUCAUCAAAUGAAACUGAUUUGUAAAAAUGUUACAUGGAAAAAAUACGAGAGACAUUACACAUACUUCUGUAAAACAAGAAAAUAUUUAAUAAUAAUAAUAAAAAUAGUAGCUUGUUACACCAUGUCUUAAAAAAGAGAACAAUAAAUUACAGGGAUAUAUUUGCAGUGUAAUACAUACGUUUCCAAAUCUUUUCUGCUGAAGGCAUGGUGAGUAAGCACAUAUUUUGUCAUGCUGUGCAGUGUUGAUUGGUCAGAUUGAUCUUUGGCUCAGGGGAAAAAAGGGUGCAAGAUCAUUCAGUUAAACCAGGAAGAGGGUAGAAGGAUAAAGACAGCAGGAUAAAAGUCCCUUUCUUUUCCUUCAGCAAGCACUGUCAUCUUGAAGUACUUUUUACAGUUAUACAGGGUGAGUCCUUUAAAAGAGGCCCCGUGGAUAUGGAGUACACAUGUUCCACGGAGCCUCUUUUAAAAGACUCACCCUAUAGUUGAAACGGAAGUCAGGCAACUUCUACACCCAAAUAUGUUCCUUUGGUGAGCAGUCUGGUUAAAGGUGGUUAUGGGAGAGCCUUGAUUUGAACCUUGCAAAAAGAUAAAGAAAUUUAAACAUUCUAAAGAAAUUGUGGAGGGCCAGUGAAAUUCCAAAUAUUUUAAAUUCUUAAAUACAAUUACUCAUUGGCUCAAAAUUCCAAAUCUAGUCCAUUGUGACAAUUGGAGAGGAUGCUGACACUGUUCUUGUUUGAAAAUGGGGCUGAGGGACUUAUUCCAACUUCCAUCAGGCUUGACCAUUGGUCACACCGGCCUGGGGGUUUUGGGAGUGGAAGUACAUCAAUAUUUAGAAGGCCACAGGUUUUUAAAUCUUAGCGUUUCAGAGGCUGAAGAACUGUGUUGAUGCACCUCCAAAUAUUAGUAGCUGAACUGAAAUAGAUGUAAGAGAGCUUGAAAAGAUACUAUUUGGAUAUAGCAUACUGUUCAUGUGUUAGAACUGGAUGGAUCACAGUGUAGAUUUUAAAACAUGUCAUUAUGCUGUACUUUGCUUUUCAUGAUUGCGGGAACUUCUUGUCAAUAGGAGAUUCUAUUUUUCUUUUCUUUUAUGUUGUGCAGACAAUCGGGAACCAUGAAUUUGACAACGGUGUGAAUGGAUUAUUGGAUCCACUGCUGAAAAAUGUUAAGUUUCCUGUUGUAAGUGCAAACAUUAAAGCAAACAAGAAACUAGCAAGCAACAUCACAGGAUAUUUCCUUCCUUACAAAAUUCUGAAAGUUGGCUCGGAAAAAGUGGGAAUUGUUGGCUAUACCUCGAAGGAGACACCUGUCCUUUCAAAUCCAGGUAUUCUUUCUUUUAAUGCUUAUGUAAAAAUUAUGCAAAUAAAUAUAUUUAUUUUGAAUCAUGUGACUCCCACCCUAUUUUAUUUCUUCUUCCUGUAGCAAUUAUAUUAAAUGGUGCUCAAAGUAAGAUAAAAAGUGAGCACCAGAUAUGUGUGACUAUAGUGGAAUCAGAGGAUAGAACCUCCCCCCCCCCAUAUAUAUACACACACACAUACACGGUUUUCAUCUAUUUAGAUCUUUGUUUAAUUAUCAGCUUAAUGUGUCAUCCAGUCACAGGCAUCUGGACAGGUCUCAAAGAUUAUGAGAGGAAUUCAACAUUGUGCUAAGGCAGUCAUCAAGACAAGUACCGUAUGUUCUGGCGUACAAGAUGACUUUUUAUCCCUGGAAAAUCACCCCAAUAGUCGGGGGUCAUCUUAUACGCCGGGUAUACGCUUUGGGAAGGAGGAGAGGAAGCCAGUGAGCAGAGGCGCCCCUUCUGCCGUCACUCCUCCUCCAUCUCCACAGAAGGGGCCGCGGAAAGUCCUUCCGAGUGCGGCGCUCGCCCGCCCGCCCGCCAAACGCCUCGCCUCAGGCUGCUGCUGCUGCUGCAACUGCAGAGGCAGCGGAGCGGUGCGCGCUCUGCCCCGGCGACGCUCAAACCCUACAACUCUAAAAUUGAACAGCAAUUUCGCCUUAUACGCCCAGUCGCCUAAUUCGCUGGAAUCUAUGGUAUUUUGGCUUGCCAGAUGUAUGCUAUCCCAGGGGUUCUCUUGACACACCCCAGCUACUUAUAGUGGGUGGGUGGGGAGGAGAGGGGAGGGGAAGGAAGAUCCAUUGCAAAAGAGAACAGGACUCGUUAUUUGAAACCUGCCCAAUGGUUAUUUAAUGAUUAAUUAGUUAGACCAAAAUUUCUACCAGGAGUCAUUAACUCGGAUUCAUAUCUUUAGGUUUCCUGUACUGUUCAUGUGUAUUUCAAAAAAACACAUCUGUCCUCUGAUGAAAGACCUGGGGCAUUUUGUAACCUCUCCCUUUCCUCCUUAGGGAAGAAUUGUGAAAUCACCUUGUCCAAGCAACUUAAGACAUUUGCAUGAAUUUCAAAAGGAUAUAGAUUUAUAGGCUGUACAAAUGCAAAAUCAUCAGGCCAAGAAAGCUGCAUUUGCUCUGAGCUAAAAGGAAAUGCCACUCUUUACUCCAGAGCCCAGAACAAAAGGCUGUUGGCUUUACUAGCUACCAGAUGGUGUUCCAUGCAGCUCAGCCUUCUGCUUUUCUGGGAAUCCUUUCAUGUAUCAUUUCCAUUAUUAUUGUGAGAACAUGGAACAAAGCCUAAGCUAUUGCUCAGUGUCAUAAAACCCGGGGCCAAAAUGAGAGCAGCCAUUUUUGUUUAGACACGUGUUCUUCAUUCAUGUCCAAUAGCUGAUAUCCACUGCUAUUUCAUAUCCAGGAGUAAGGAAUUGCCGAUUGACUGCAUGUUAGCAAACUGCUACAUAAAUGCUUUGGUGAAUGAAUACGUUCUGUAGCUGUUCUAGUACUGACUAAUAAUGGGAACAUAAAGAGCCUGCUAAUAGUUCCAAAAUUAAUAAUGGGAACAUAAAGAGCCUGCUAAUAGUUCCAAAAUUAAUAAUGGGAACAUGGUUUCCUGAUUCUACUCUGAUGUUGGCACAUUAUUUACGGUCUUCUUGUUUCUGAAAGUGUCUGGAACACUGGAGGCUAGGGUAGAUUGGAUCUUCUUAUUAGCAUUAUUUUUGUGGGGAUAGCUUGCUGCAUAAUGUUUUAAUUGAUAUUACCCCUACCCUCCAGAGCUGGUUUGGGGAGAGUGUACAGUGUGUGCUGGGGGCAAGGAGAUGUCCCCCCCCCUUUUUAAAAAGUUUUAAAUUAUAAGUUUCAUUUAUAUAUAUCACAACAAUUAUCCAAUCGUAAUUUUAACGUUUUAAACUCUGGCUCCUUUCCCCCUCUUUCUGUGGUUCUUUACCUUUCUUUUCAUCUUCCUGCAUACUCCAAAUUAUUUCAACACAUUCUUUUAUGUAUCUAUUACCGUAUAUAUCAUAUAUAUAGAGAGAGAGAGAGAGCGCGCGCGCAGGUAUUUACAGUAAUCCUGCCAAUGUCUUAAUCUGUUUAUAGUUUGUUUGUAAAUACUAAAAAAAAACCAUUUCCAUUCCUGUCUAAAAAGAAUUGUUUCCUUGAUUUCUUAUUCUCCCGGUAAGUUUCGCCAUUUCUGUGUAGUUCAUUAACUUCUGUUUCCAAUCUUCUCUUGUCAGGACCUUGGGGAGAUGUUCCCUUGCACAAGUGGAAGUUGUUCUGCUUGCACAAUGAUUUUAUUUGAAUACCAUCCCCUUUCUGCUAAAGCAACCAAAUGAUUUCCUGUCAUAUGAGGGGUCCACAGAAAUACGGAGCUAGCAAAUUAGCAAUGUAUCAGUCUAACUUCCAUUACAGUGGUACCUCAGGUUAAGUACUUAAUUCGUUCUGGAGGUCCGUUCUUAACCUGAAGCACCACUUUAGCUAAUGUGGCCUCCUGCUGCUGCCGCACCACCAGAGCACAAUUUCUGUUCUUAUCUUGCAGCAAAGUUCUUAACCUAUUUCUGGGUUAGCAGAAUGUGUAACCUGAAGCAUAUGUAGCCUGAAGCGUAUGUAACCUGAGGUACCACUGUACUUGAAAGGAACUCGUUAAACCAAGAGAGAAUGUUAUGUAUAGUAUAUACGUUAUAUAUGUAUAAUAUAUUUGUUCAUGUGCUUUGGCAAAUCAUUUUGUGAGAAUAAAAUGAAAUACAAAACAUUAAUGCAUUUUUUCUGGAUUUUUAGGGCCGGAUUUAACAUUUGAAGAUGAAGUUACAGCAUUACAGCCACAAGUGGACAAACUUAUAACUUUAGGAGUCAACAAAAUCAUUGCACUCGGUCACUCUGGUUUUACUGUGGACAAAAACAUUGCUCAGAAAGUGAGAGGUGUGGAUGUUGUAGUUGGGGGACAUACAAACACCUUUCUUUAUACAGGUAUGUCAUUUCCUUGGCAAAAAGAGGGGAUUCUGAUUGGUUAGUACUUUAAUUAUUGUAGCUAUGUCUCAGCAGUUAUAACAGGGUGCUGAAUAUUUAAUUCUUCAUGCUCCUCACUGUGGUACAGCUAGGCAUGUUUGGAAGAAACUGUCGUGGGAACUAAGCAUUUGAAAGUAUAAGAAUAAACCUUGAAACUAGUCUAGUGUAGAGGGUUUUUUUCUCUUGAUGUCCUUCAUCAGCCUUUCCUAACCUGGUGCCCUUCAGAUGCUAUAGGCAGGGGUCCUCAAACUUUUUAAACAGGGGGCCAGUUCACUGUCCCUCAGACACUGUUGGGGGAUGGACUAUAGUUUGAAAAAAAUACGAACAAAUUCCUGUGCACACAGCACAUAUUUUAUCUGUAGUGCACAAAAAUCAGGAAAAACAAUACAAUAUUUUAAAUGAAGAACAAUUUUAAUCAACAUAAACUUAUAAGUAUUUCAGUGGGGGGGAUAUGAGAGAGAGAGAGAGAGAGAGAGAGAGAGAGAGAGAGAGAGAGAGGAGGAGGGUGACCAAAUAAGAGGGAGGAAAGGAAAGAGGCUCUGGGCAGAGGCGGUGGCAGCAGCAUCCAGCUGCUCCUCCCUCAGUGCCCUCCAGCGAGAGACCCGGACCCGGCUGCAGUGCUGGCGACGGCCGCUGUGCCUUCGCUCUAUGCCCGCAUUUCCACAAGCCUUCCUUGGCGGUGGCUCCUCCGGGCUCGGUUCCAGGCCUGGCUGGUCCAUGGGCCAGUCCCUCCCCCUUCAGACCCACUUUGCCUGACAACCGAGGAGGAGGAGGAGGAGGUGCAUGUGUGGAGAAGGAGAAACUGGGUGGGGAGGGGGGGGAUUGUGGUCGUUGCCACAAAGGCUGCCACCGAACUGGUGGUCCUUUCCCAGCGGUUUGAGGGAGCUGCCACUAGCACCAGCAGUCUCUCUCUCUCACUCACACCCCCCCUCCCUGGUGUGCCCAUGCGCACACACACCUGGGAUUGUGAUGGGACUGAUGGGCAGCCAAGUGGGCUGGGGCUGGAGAGUGUGGUCUGAGGAGUAGCCGGAAAGGAUUGGACCCAGCUGCUUGCAGUAGUAGUGGUUCGGAGGGAAGGAAGCUCACAUUGGCUGUAGCCAUCUAGGCAACAGGAAGGAGGAGCGCUGUGGGUUCUGCAAUUGCCAGGCAGGCUGGGUUCAGGACCCUGGCGGGCCGGAUUUGGCCCGUGGACUGUAGUUUGAGGACCCCUGCUAUAGGAAUCUUAACUCUCUAUAGCCUCAGCUCAGCUAGCAUGUCCAAUGGCCAUAAAUGAAGGGACUUGUAGUCUAUCAGCAUCUAGAAGGCAUCAUGUACACAAUGGGUGUAAGACGCCCAAUGAACUGACUAGGUCUUCUAAGCAGACAUGAAUAGAAUUGUGCUGUUAUUUGAGAAGCAUAAAAGAUCAAUGGAAUAUCAGCAACACCUCUUGUAGGUUCAGUGACACUUCUUGUUCAGUUUUUACGUGUUUCUUUUUUUAACAUCUUGAAUUUACCUUGGUCAUAGCUUUCAGUCUUUUAUUCAUUCAUCAGAGUUUCAUUUUCUCCUCAGGAAGUGGUUGGCUUUUGGUUUGCUGUUAAGCACUAAGGAUGCUGGGCCUUUUUCCAGUGGCUUUCAUAGCUGUACACAAAUGAAUCAUGUCUCUGUCCUCUCCUGUUUCUGCUUGUGUCUAUGUGUCUUUUCCUGCCCUUGGUCCAGAAUAAAUAUGAACUUUGUCUCACUCUCUCUCUCCCGUCUUACACCUUCCUUCAGGAUUAUUUAGUGAUUUCUCUAGCCUCCCUCAUACUAGAUCAGGGUAAACUUUCCUGUGUGUGAAAUGUUCCUCUGAAAUGGUGGUUUAAAACCUUUCAGAAAUAGUGGUGGGAUAACUCACCUCAGCAAUAUUCAAAAUUGGCUCAGAAAUUGGAAACUUUUCCAGGAUGUGUUCAGAAAAAAACAACAUUCCGUUUCCCACUGUUCGCUCUAUUCUAAUUAUAACAUUGGUCCAUGUACAGAUGGCACAAACACUUUGCUUUUUUCAGACAUACCUGUAAAGCUUCUGGCUUUCAGAACCUGGUCUGCUGAAUGCUUGCCAAGCAUUUACCAAUUAUUGUUGUAUAUCUGAUUGGGAGUGAAACUUUUAACCUAUAGUUUCCCCCACAAUAGCCACGCUAUGGAAUUUAUUCGCUAAUGAGAGUCUUCAGCUUUUUAUAAUACUUCCCCCCUCCUUGAACUUCCACAAUUUUAUAGGGAGGAUUUGACUAUAAAAGGCAAAGUUGAUGGAGCUGAGUGAUGCUUUGGGUUUUCUUUUGAACAUAGUUUGCUCUGAUUCCUAUUUAGAAUUUCUUCCCAAUCUUUUGAUUUAUUUUUAUUUUGCUGAAAUGGGUAAGAAUCUCAUCCCAGUGGCUUCCCUUUUGCCUAAACGUGAGCAUAGAAAUCUAUUUCCUUCCUUGGUCCUCUUUCUGUCUCUAGCAGGGAUAGAUUUUGAUUCCCUGGAUGUUCUGUUUGCCUUUAGCUGGGCCAAAUUGAAAACAUUUUGAUUUCCUAGUUGUCCUUAGCAUGGGCAAUGCUAAUGCCUUUGUCCUGCUACUUUAAUGUUUUAGUGUACAUGUGUAUUCAAUAACUAUGGAUGCAUACAUUCCCACUCCUUUGCAUUCUUCACUAUAUAAACUGGUGUGUGUAGAGCCCAACCUCAAAAACGAGUAAAACCGCAUUUAGUGAAUACAGUUCCGAAAACAAAAUAGCUUGCAGGUACAGUCUCUCUGUCUCUCUCGCCCCACCCCUGAACUGCAAGAGGUGUAGUUACAGAGAUGGGUAUUCUUAGUGCUAGGUUGGCAGUCUAGGAGUUCAGAGUGCUGAAGAGGAGGCAUUGAGGUCAGGCAGGGUGUUGUGCUCAGAUGAGUCAUGCUGCUCCAGGUGGAUGUAGAUUUCACACACACAUAUCUGGCAAAGGUUAUGUCUUUCACCCAGGAUCUCAUAUACUUUUUCCCAGCUAUGAGGGUUUCUCAGCUCUAUGUUCUUCAAGCCACUCUGUAUCAUACACUUUUGUUACUCUGACCACAGACUGACAUUAGUCUAGUGACACCAGUGCUGAUUUGGGGGUCUUUUUCCGGGCAGAAGUCACACUUACUUUACUUAUAAGGGUGUAGCUGGGUGCUGUGCUGUUGUUUAUCAAUAGGAAAUGAGAUACCUCAAACGCUGAAGUGUGUCUCUUUUUAGUUUUACAUACCAGACUUUCUGAUAAAAUUAACUUUGCAUGUUGCCUCCUUCCUGGUCUGAGCAUUCUUUACUAAGCUAAACAUUCAUUCUCAUGCACACCAUUUACAGAUCGUUCAUAAUGCAUUGUAGGGAUUGAAAACUUCUGUAGAAUUAUAAAGGCACUUUAUAAAGAAAAGGUAGAGAGUUUAUUCUUAGAAGCUUGGGUAGAAGCAUUGAAGCCUUUUUUUAAAGGAAGAUGAGUUCACUAAUACAUUACUUGACAUAGAAAGAACAUACAUGAGUAUACACAUCCAAAAAGCAUACCUAACAUUUUGAUAAGUGCACCAAGCCUAGCCUUUACAUUAAUUUCCCUAUUUGGAACAUGCAGCAUUGUGCUUGUGACUGAUACUGUUAUACUUUGCUGACAAACCUCUGAAUAUUAGAAUCAUAGAGCUGGAAGGGACCACAAGGGUCAUCUAGUCCAACCCAUUGCAAUGCAGAAAUCUUUAGCCCAAUGUGGGGCUCGAACCCACAUCCCUGACUGAACCCAUAGCUCUGCUGACUGAGCUGUCCCUCAGGAUAUAUACUCUGAAUAUUGAACAGCAUAUGAAUACCUGAGAUAAAAGGAAGCCUGAACAUUAUUAAGUUUUAUCUCUUGUCACAACUGGAGGUGGAGCUAUUUAGACUCUACAGGCUCUUUAGCCUAUUGAAAUGUUCCAAAUUGUGUUGUUGCUGUUGAAAUGGAUUUUGUUGUUGCAGUUGAAAGUUGAGAAACCAGCAGCAGCUACAUGUUGCAUUUUCUGGCACUAUUAAUGAGUGAAUUUGGGAGCUGUCCAGGAGUCUAGUUCUGAGACAAGUAGAGAGAUCAGUGCCUGCAUUCAGAAAGAAUCAUUCAUGGCAACGAGAUGCUGGGUGUAGAAUAUAAAAUCUAGUGGCAGUGUUUUCAGUGCACCCAUCAAUGUCCUAGUAACACUUUCAGUCAGAAAUAUAUUUAUUGUCUUAAUCACUGAUAAUGUUCUGCAGUGAAACAUAGUGCCUUUAGCAAAAGGAAUGUGGGAGCGAAAUAAAAGGAAACUUUUUUUAAAAAAGCAACAACAAACCACUUCUGCUGAAGUGUGUGUUUAGUGACACAGCAUCUCAAUCAAACAGUGCACGUGAGGUAAUUGAAAAGAAAAAAAGCUCACCUUCCCAUUUGGGGACUUACAUCUCACCAUUUAUUAUUUUUCUGUUAGGAAAGAAUAACAUGUUUUUCUCCAAGCUCUCAUAUUCCAAAGCCAAGAGUCAAAGGGAUGGAUCAUGUGGAUGUCCAGUGCAUGUGUGCAUCAAGGCUUUUCCUGACCCUCAUUUCUCUUUGCCCCUGAAGAUGUGAAGUGUGACAUGGUGCCGGAAGAUUUAUGUAUUCCCUUCCCUACCUUUUCAGGGUGACUAACAUUAGCUAAGAAUAAAACAACUGCAAAACAGCUAAAGCUACAUUUUUGAAAAUGCACAGCCUGAUUGCUAAUUGUCUUAUUAAGGUUAGGUGUAUUUGGAUCCUAAAUCACUAAUGCUGGGGAUUACACCCAAAUAGAAGUGUAUUGUAUAUAGAAGUGAUAUAUAUAUAAUUCUCAAAACACAAUUAGUGCUGGUGAGCAGAGUGGAAGCCUCUGAUUCCCCUGAUCAGCUGCUGAAUUGAGUAGGAGCUGAGGAAAGGGGAACUUUCUUGUUUCUUGCUUUCACACACAAGCAAUUUCUUUCUGCACCCUAAAUAUCCCCAUCAGUUGAUGUGCUUGCCUCAUCAGUAUUCAGGACUUCCUUUGAAAGCUAGGAAGGGAGGGAAGGUCAUUCAUUCUCUGGCCACUUUUACAGGCACCCCACCUUCAAAUGAUAUACCAGCUGGUAAAUAUCCAUUUAUGGUGAAGUCCGAUGAUGGGCGUGACGUUCCUGUUGUUCAAGCUUAUGCUUUUGGAAAAUACCUUGGCUAUUUGAACGUUGUGUUUGACGACAAAGGAAAUGUAAUUAGAGCAUCUGGAAACCCUAUCUUAUUAAACAGCAGUAUUCCUGAAGGUAUGUAUGGGAAGGAGAUCUGAAAUUUUGUUUCCUGUAGGUUGCCUAUUUAUAACAUUGAUGAUUACCUAAUUUAAGUACUAGAUAAUGCAUGAUGUCAUGUGUCGUGUCAUUGCUCCUCCUCCUUUUACUCUGGGUUGGAUCCAGAGUUGUCUUUCCACAAACGGAACAGCUCCCUCACUUUUGUAGAAAGGGCUGAAAUACGGUGGAGUCUCCUGUUGUAGGGGGAGGAAUGAUUUUUGCAGAUUCUCCCUUCCUCCUGUAUUCCCCACCCCUGGUGCCAAGUUGAAUACUGUUCCAGAGGGUCUCUCAGCACUUCAGAGCAGCUUUUUCAGAGCAUGCGGGCAAAAUGAGUGAAAAAUCAUCUCCCUCCUGCAGGGACUAUGUGGUAAUCGUUGCUCCAGUUAUGAGAACUCAGGAUCUAGCCUUCUUUCCUUUUCUAAAAUAAAUUAUGCGGGAUGGCUAUGAACUCACAUUAUGCCCACUAUAAAUUAAAUAUAUAUUUAUAUAUAAAGUAUCUUGUUUUAAAGUAUAUAAUUUCAUACACUCUCUUUAAAAACAAACAAACCCAGAAGCAUAUUCCCCCAAACUUAAGACUGGUUCUAAAGAGUUACUCUAGGCACAUCCAAAGGUUUGGACACAACUAGUGGGAAUUUGAUUUUUGACCUUUUUUUUUUAACCUGAUUCUGAUAUAUCACAUCUGCUUCUGAAAGUCUGCUUGGUUCUAAAAGAAGUUAGCCAUACUGUAUGGCACAGAAUAGGGGAGGGCUGCUUUUAAGAAAACCAAGUUAUUGGCUGUGUGACUCCUUUGGAUCCAAACUAUUGCAAGCUGGAACUUUGUUGGGAGUAUUCUGGAGUGCAAGUCUGAAAAGAACCCUGAACUAAUGUGCUGCAGAUAAACAAAUAUGCCAUCCUCAUCAGUCGCCUGGCCAGUAAUAACCUUCAACAUGCCCUACUUCUUUUUUAGCUGAGGAUGUGAAAGCAGAAGUUGACAAGAUGCAUCUUCAACUACAAAAUUAUUCUUCCCGGGAAAUAGGAAAAACGAUUGUUUAUCUAAAUGGUACAAGUCAAGCAUGUCGCUUUCAAGAGUGCAACAUGGGAAAUUUAAUUUGCGAUGCUGUGGUAAGAUAAUAAUCCAGGUUACUUUAAGUGGUUCAUUAUUUGAUAUUUAAAGUCUAAAGUGUUUCAUAUAAAGUCUGAGCCUCUUGGGCUUGCUGAUCGGAAGGUUGGUGGUUUGAAUCCCCAUGACGGGGUGAGCUCCCGUUGCUCUGUCCCAGCUCCUGCCAACCUAGCAGUUCAAAAGCAUGCCAGUGCAAGAAGAUAAAUAGGUACCGCUGCGGCAGGAAGGUAAAUGGCGUUUCCAUGCACUUUGGUUUCCAUCACGGUGUUCCGUUGCACCAGAAGCGGUUUAGUUAUGCUGGCCACAUGACCCAGAAAGCUGUCUGUGGACAAACACUGGCUCCCUUGGCCUGAAGUGUGAUGAGCACUACAACCCCAUAGUCGCCUUUGACUGGACUUCACCAUCCAGGGGCUCUUUACCUUUAUCUUUUAUAUGAAAGAUGUGGUUUUGUGGCCAGGGUUGCUUAUCUUCACUUGGGGUUCAGCUGGCUAUGAAAUUGUUAUGCUUUUGGUCUUGUUAGUCCUUCCUGUGGACAUUGAACCUAUCGAACAGAAACUGCUGAUUGCACAACUGUAGAAUUAGCUAAUUGUUCACUAGUGACAAAAGCCUGAAACAGCUUGAAAGCUGUAAGUCCCAAGCUUUUAUAGAGGUGUUGGACUUUUACUUCUGCAUGUCUUUCUUUUUCCUUCAAGACUUGCCUCUGGGAAAUUUUUCUUAGGAUCCAUACAGGUCUUUUUGGGUGACAUUGCUCACUAUUAUAAAGUACUGGCAGUUCCUUUUGCUGCCUGGGGCUGACACCCAUGGCACAUUCAUCAAUAUGUGAGUACUGGCAUCACAUCACAUUUUUUUAUAGCUCUAAAUCACAACAGGUGGAGACUGUCACCAUGUAAAGAUGUAUUUGUGUGCAGCAGCUCUUGGACUGAGCUAUUUACUCCAGAAUAUACCAAAUUACAAAGAAUGAGAGAGAUUGUGGUGGCAAGGGACUGGGAGAACUGUCAGUUGUGAGUCACUUACACGUGAACAGCUAAAUCUUGGAGUAGUAGGUGGACUAGCCUUCAGGAUAUUCUUUUAAGUGUGCAAACUUCCUUACUGUAUUGGUUGAGUAACCUCUAAAGCAACCAGGGAAAGGGGAUUCAUUCUGGGCUUCCAUAGGUAAAGGGUAAAGGGACCCCUGACCAUUAGGUCCAGUCGUGACAGACUCUGGGGUUGCGGCACUCAUCUUGCUUUAUUGGCUGAGGGAGCCAGAGUACAGCUUCCAGGUCAUGUGGCCAGCAUGACUAAGCCGCUUCUGGCGAACCAGAGCAGCGCACAGAAAUGCCAUUUACCUUGCCGCCAAAGCGGUACCUAUUUAUCUACUUGCAUUUUCGAGGUGCUUUCGAACUGCUAGGUUGGCAGGAGCAGGGACCGAGCAACGGGAGCUCACCCCGUCGCAGGGAUUCAAACCGCUGACCUUCUGAUCGGCAAGUCCUAGGCUCUGUGGUUUAACCCACAGCGCCACCUGCGACCCUCUAAAGCAGCCAAGGAAAGAGGAUUCAUUCUGGGCUUCCAUAGUUGCCUUGUAAAAAACUGAAUAUAAGGUUUGCACAAUUAAUUAGGUUGACCAGGCAUUACCGUCCUGUCACGGAAGUGUCUAAAGGGCUCUCCAUAGAAAACUACUUGACUUGUUUGUACAGGCUACUUUGCUUAGAUUCAUGAACAAUCAUUGACUAGGAGAGGUGUCAUAUUUAAUUGAUUGCACUAAUUUGUUUGGACGAGAAUGAUAUCCCUUCUACAGCUAAUUAUUAGUAGACUUAGUUAAACAUUGACCACAGAUUAGUUUAGGGCAUCUUUCAGUUGAUAUGCAGUGCAUUAAUGACUUAAUGUUCCUGUGUCAGAUUGCAAUUUAGUUUCUGCCAAUGCUGUUCUUGGAAAAAAGAUACCCAGUUGUAUUCUUACACAGGCUAGUUGGAAAACUAAAAGUGAUUCUGUGAGGUUUACAGAGUGAUCCUUAGAAGUAAAUCCCAUUUUCUUUAAUGCUGUACGUAAGUUAUGUUUAGGACUUCAGCCUCAGAAUUAUUAUUUUUAAAACCACCACUCUUGAUUUGUUAAAAACCCUUAUAUACUGCUUUGUAUUGAAGAAAUAUUCAAAAAGGUAUACAAAAUCAGUAAACUGUAAAAAUACAUCAUAAAAAAUAAGCGCUAUAUAAAACUGAAGUGUAAAAAGUCAAUACAAUAAACUGUGGACAGCCAGAAUAAGAAACCUGCAGUCUCCAUGUGCCAUUGGACUACAGCUCCCAUCAUCUCUGACCACUGGUCAUGCUCAAAUGUGAGUUUGUUAUGAUUUAGUUAUUAAAUUUCUGCCUUUCCUCCAGGGAGCUCAAGACAGUAUAUGUGGCUUUUCCCCACAACAUACUUCAUCUUGGAACCCCCUUGAAAUCUCACACUUCUGUGGAGAUUGGAGGUGGUGUGUAACAAUACAUUUGCCUGUGUGCACCUUGUAAGAACUACGACGUCAGCUUUAGUAUUCAGUUUGUAAGCAGGGAGAAAUCCCCAAAGAUUACUUGCUGUUAUUAUAGACGCACAUGCCCACCAAAUUAACCCUAAUUGUGAAACAGAAAUACAACAGCAGAAAAAGAGAGCUGUAGACUUUUCAACAGGGGGGAAAAAUGCCAUGCUUGCAUUUCCCAGAAUAACAGCACAUGUAAAAAAAACCUGAAAUUUUUCAUAUUGGAUCUCCACAAGUCUGUGUUGGGCUGGGACCGGGAAGCUCCAGGUUCAGAUCCCCACUCAUAAUGAAGUUCACUUGGUGUUUUGAGCUAGCUACUGUCUCUCAGCCUUGCCUACUUUACAGGGUUGUUGGGCAGGUAAAAGAGGGAGAGGGAAGAACCUGUACAUUGCCUGAAUUCCUUAGAUAAAGAAUAAGGGAUAGUUGGAAAUAAAUAAUGGAUUCUAGUCUAUACUGAUUCCAUACCAAGUCCAUUGAUAUAAAUGAUUUUUAGUAUACUACUAUGAAUGUUCUGUAGUCUUUAAUUACAGUUGUUUUAUUUGUGUAAGUAAACGAUUUGUUGCUAGAUAAUAUCCCAGUUUCCCCCUUCCCCCAUCACUUUAUAAGAUCUUUUCCUUUGCUGGCUUCCUGAAGUUCUUGAAGCUGAGAUAAAGCGCAGACUGAAACUGAUAGAAUUUUUUUUGUGUGUAAACGUUUUAGGUUUACAAUAACCUGAGACAUCCAGAUGAUAAGCAAUGGAAUCAUGUUUCGAUGUGCAUCAUAAAUGGUGGUGGAAUACGGGGACCCAUUGACGAACAAAGCAAGAAUGGUAUAUCUAGCUUUAGGGCUUUUUCUUCCCCAAGGGAAUGCUGCUAAAAUUUCCUCUUCAUACCCCACAUUUCUCUCAAUAAGAUAAUUAGUUUUAGGGAUUCUUAUUUUAGAGCUUAUCUACUAUAUUUCACAAUGCUUUUCAAGAUUUGACUUUCUCCUCCCCAUUGAACACACAUACAUACAUUUCUAGCGUAUGCUUUUAAAACGAAUCUUACACCUAUUCAGAUAUAUACCUAAUAUACAUUUCUGGAUGCUGAAACGCUGGGGACCAAUUUAAUGAUUAUUGUUUUCAUACAAAGGCUUGUGAAACACUUGGCAGUGUCUCCGUGUGAGAAGAAUACCAUGAUCCGUACCAAAUGGGUCCUUCUCACUUGGAAAAUCCCCAUGCCAUAAGCUUGUACAUGGUAGCCCUGCCCUGGGGACUCUCCACAUGUUACAAGGGAUUCUGCUGCUUAUAUGCUUAUAUGAUUGUUCCUAUUUGUUUUAUACUAUAAGCUGCCCGGAGACUCUGAUAAAUGUGGGGAUAGAACUAUCAGAAACAUAUUUAUUUAUUAUAAUAUUCUUACUCUUUAUCCUGUGAAUUUAGGGUGGCAUAAGCAAGGUUCUCAUGUUACAGUCCCUGCAACAAGCUUGUGCCGUAAGAUAGACUGCAAGAUUGUGACUUGUUGGAAGGCAGUCAGUGAACUCCACUGCUGAUCAGGGGUUUGAACUCAGCCCUUCUCUUGUCUACCGCUUAUAUCUACAAUAGCAUAGUCUUCUAAAGUGAGAAAUAGAGCACAAAACCGAUUGUUUUAUGAAACGUCCUGUCCCAUUCAGGAACUAUUACUUUGGAAGAGUUGCUGUCCGUAUUGCCUUUUGGAGGAACUUUCGAUUUGCUGCAGAUCAAAGGCUCUACUCUGAAGGAAGCAUUUGAACAUAGCGUUUACAGACAUGGGGAAGGGACAGGGGAACUCCUGCAGGUCUCAGGUAAGUUACUUUGCCAGCGUUGCCUGUUCAAGGGCCUAAACCCACACAUACUCACAAAGGAGUAUUGUAAGAGGAUUACCUGCUUCUGCUUUUAAAACAACGACGUAUCUGGAACGUUGCUCCAUUCUCAAGGUUAGGUGUGGUGGAACCAGGCAGGAGAUCAUCCCAGGGUUAGGUUUAUCUUACAAGGGUGGUGCAAUUCAUCAAGCAAGCAGUACACAAAUGUUUCUAGCUUGGAUGCCCUCUCACCAGCAGCAAAAACAAGCACGAGCCACAAUUACUAUACUGCUCAUAUUAAGACAAAAACAAAACCCCAUUGUACUUACGACACUAUUCAAAUAAACUAAGCAGGACUUCUUGCCUUGAUAAUGGACUGGAUGAGAGCCAAUAAGAUGAAGCUCAAUCCAGCCUGGGGAACUGUUAGUGGGCGGUCCCCUAGACCAGAUGGACGGGAGGUGGCUUGCUCUUGGUAGGGUUCCACUCCCUCUGAAGGAGCAGGUAUGUAGCUUGGCAGUUAUGGAUCCAUUGCUCUUGCUUGAGGCUCAGGUGGGCUCGGUGGCACAGAGUGCCUUCCGUCGGCUUUGGCUGGUGGCCCAGCUGUGUCCCUAUUAGGCCAGGGAUAGCUUAUGCUCUGGUAACCUCAAGGUUAGAUUAUUACAACCCGUUAUACAUGUGGCUGCCUCUUAAGAUGGUUUUGAAACUUCAGCAGGUGCAGAAUUCAGAGGCCAGGUUGCUCACCGGGGCAAAACAAGUUGAGCACAUAAGGCUAAUUCUGUCCCAACUACACCGGCUGCCAAUUAGUUUCUGCCUCCAUGGUUUUUUUUCUGGGGGAAAAGGUGGGAGAUCUCACCAGAAAGGCCCACAAUAAAGAAAUAUAAAUAUUAAUACCGGCUAAUUAAAUUACCUGUGGCAUUUUAAACUGUUUGUGGCUUAUUUAUAUUUUUGUGUUUUUAGAUGGUAAACUGUCCUGCAAUCUUUGGAUGAAGGGCAAUGAAGAAAUUUAAUAAAUGAAAUAAAUGAAAAUAAAAUUCUUAUAACUAAAAGCUACUUCAUGUGUGGGGAUUUUAGGUCACAGACCACAUCAACAAAUUCACUGGAAUUAUUGUGACUUUAUGGAUUGUAUCCAAUGUUAGUCUUACUUGAAGGAGAUGCAUUGAAAUGAAUAUGACUAAGGUUAGUCCAUGAAUUUUAAUGGGCCUACUCUGAGUAUGACUAACAUUGGACACAACCCUAUACACACACACACACACACACACACAUUUAGAACAAGAAUAUUUUUAUACGUGUUUGGCUGCCUUUGUGUGAGCCACCAGCUUUACGAGUCUUUGAAAAAACCUAUAUAGAAGAAUAAAGUCCAUUGGACGUGAACAAAAAAUGAUGCUUUGUGGUUAUGUAUGUCAAUGCCGUUUUCUGGAUCUGUUGAUUAGUUUUCAAUUUUAUACACCAUAGACACUCAUUUGUGGAGAAACUAAAUGCAUUUAAAGCAAAAUAUCCUCCGGUACUACCUUGCUAUAGAGUGUGCUUGACAUGGGAUCACUGGAGGAAUCGUUGGAGGAAAGACAGCUACCUAACUCAUUCAGCUUUGGAAUCCAGUGUGUCAUGGGAAGCAGAAUAACACCCAGACAGAUCAUUGCUUCACCCAACACAGUAUUAUCUGCACUGAGUAAUUGCCAAUGGCUCCCAAGGUUUUAGAUUAUGGAAUAGCAGAAGGUUUCACAAUGGCUGAACCAAGGAUCUUUUGCAUGCAGUGCAUGUGCUCUACCCUUGCUCUGCCACUGCAGUGUGGUCCUGUCCUGUGGUUAAAUGUUGUGCUCGCAUCAGUUUAUUCUGGUUCUGAACUUCCAAAGAGCCAGCGUCAUUAUUUUUUCAAGCAAGUUUUUAUAGACCCAAAGAAUGCAAGAGCUGAUGUCUAAAAAUGCUGUUCAAACUUGUGCUUCAUUGAUAGGUAUACAGGUGGUGUAUGAUCUUUCAGAAAGUCCGGGAAGCAGAGUGGUCAGCUUAAAGGUUCUUUGCACAGAGUGUAGAGUACCAGUCUAUGAACCACUGCAGCUGGAAAAAACAUACAAAGUGCUUCUACCUUCUUUCCUUGCUGGAGGAGGAGAUGGAUACCACAUGCUAAAGGGAAGCUCAAAUAACCACAGUAGUGGUAUGUAUAAGUUAUUCCUGGCGAUCUGUAAUAUGGCACAUAGAAUGUAUAUUGGAAUUAAUGUCCCUGUAGGAGACCACUCUCCCAUGAGUGUGGAAAAUGCUGCUAUUAGGCAAACCUUUAUUUAUUCUAGCUGCAACAGGAAAUAUUUAACUCAGGUUGGUUUUGGAGUUCAUCCAAAAGUAGAGAAUGGGAAAAGCAAGAGAAUAAAUUGCUGAUCUUGAAUUUAUGUGUUGGACAUACAAAAGAAUUUUCUAAAGUCAGAUCAGUUUUACGCAGGCUUUUCCUAGCAUGGUUACUGCUGUCACCACAGUUGCUCCUGUGCCAGUCUUUUUACAUGCCAAUCACACAUGCAGACCUCCCUAGAGUUCUAGUGUUGCUUGUGUGGUUUGUUCAAGUCAGCAUGGAGAAGGAAGACAAUAGAUAGAAGCCUUCACACGUCAUCUGGCCUGGUGUAGGAGCAACUGCAUGGACAUUGGUGACAAUGCAAGGAAAAGCAUUUAAAGAGGGUAGGGCCUUCCAGAUGGAGCCUUUAAAACAGAAUACCAAAUCUAAAGAGUUUCAUUUCAAAAGAGCAGCCAAUUAAUAUCCUGUGCAGAAACCCUAAGCAUGUUACAAUUUGGAUUCGGGCAUCUACUGUAGCAUGUCACUGCUUUAAUCGUAUAUAGAGAGCACUGCAUAUUUUACAAAAGGGAAUGCAUACUAGGGAACAAGAGGCUGUGAGGACUCUUCCAGGAGGAGGUCAUCAUAGGAGGUGGCAAAAAGAUGCAAAAUCUCUUUUCUGGUACAGUGGCUUGGCCUAGAAAACACAGCUCGACAAACUAUUUACUCACCGUAGUUACAGAAUGUUGACCAACUGGGUGUGAUUAAGAUGCUGCAAUGAUUUGACUGAAAUGAACUUUGGUGUUUCUUUUUCCUUUUCUUAAAUAGGUGAUCUUGAUGUCGCCGUUGUUUCCAACUACAUAACUAGAAUGGGAAGGGUAUUUCCAGCGCUUGAAGGUCGUGUGAGGUUUUCUGCUGGAAUUGUUUUCCAAGGACAUCUUUCUUUGAUUUCCGUUUUAUUUGUUUUACUUCUGUGCUUCGUUUUUUAG